GCACCAAUUGGAGAGUUCUAAGUUUCUUUCUUUCUCUGGUACUUUCUCAAAUUUACUCUGUUGUCUCAUCAUCAUAACACUUUCAUCUCUCUAUUCUCAAUCUCUCUUUCUCUCUGACCUCCCCAUUUCAUCUUUAUGCUCUCAUCUCUCACAUCAGUAUCAUCAUCAUCUAGCAAAUCCAAACCAACAUCAACUCAAAGUUCACAUGCAAGUGUAGAUUUGUAAUCCUUGAGUCUUGGGCUUUCAAGGAAGGUAAACAAGGCUAAUCAACACUUCUCAGAUUUAAGCGUGUCACGGACACGUGUCGGUGUCUGUGUCCGACACCAACACCGAUACUUAUGAUUACACUAAAUUAUGUCAUUUUUUUAAAUUUUUAUCGGUGUCAACGUGUCAGUAUCCGUGUCGUGUUCGGUGUCCGUGUCUUGUUGCGAACCACUAACUAUUUGACUACAACUUUUUUGAUAUAACAGAACUAUUUUGUUUAAAUAAAAAAUAAAAGGCCAAUAAACCACGUCACUACAUACUGUGGGAUAACCCUGUCUGUGUUCUAGGCUUCUAGCUUGCGAGUAGAAGAAGAUUGAAGUGAAACCAUUUGUUGAUGAAGUUUCUUUAAUUCAUGUUACCAAUCAUCUUUUCAAUACCAAAAUGGGUUCCCUUCCAAUCACAACCAAAACCUUAUUCUUCACCACCACCACACCUCACCACCUUCCAUGGUUUUCAUCAUCAAACAGAAGAACAACAGCAACAAGAACGGUUUAUCUGAAUAAGAGGAAAAACAACAAGGUAGUUUUUGCCUCAUCAUCAACCUCACAUAACGAACAAGACAAAAAUACCCCUCAAUUCGACGAUGAAGACCAUGAGGAGCUCAAGUUAGGCCGUUAUCUUGGUGAAGACCCUAAACUCACCCUUGCCAAGAUAAUGGGAAGAAAAGCUAACCCUCAUGCAUCUUAUCUUGAUAUUGAGAAAUCAUUUUAUAAUAAAAAAAAGGGUAAAGUUGUGGAAAUUGAGGAACUUCCAUUUGAAGUUGAAAGACCCCGGGCAAAGAAGAAUUCACCUACCCAAGGACAAGGAUGGCCAUUCAAACCUAAUUAUGAUGAUGAUGAUAACAAUGUUGCAAUGGAGAUUAAGAAACCUAACCAAAUUCAAAGUAAAGGAGGAAAUGUUAGAAAAAGUAAUGUUCCUAAUGUUAUUUUGAGAAAGCCGUCGUUGUAUAACGAGGACGAGGAUGAAGUCGAGGACAUGUCUUCGAGGUUGAGAAUAAAACCGAAUUUAUCUCUUAAAACGCAGAGUGGACAAGUGAAGGACAAGUUUAGUGACAUGACGUUGUUGAGGAAGCCGGGAUCGUCAAUUGACAAGAAUGUUGGUAGCGAGUUGAAGACGCGGAAAGAAGAGCCGAGUUAUGAAGUCGUUAACUUGACCUUGUUGGAACAACCACAUAGACCAAGUUCCAAUAGAGAACUAGAGAAGUUUGCAAAGCCAAGUGCUAAGUUUGCAAAGCCAAGUGAUGAAGUUAGUAAAUUGACCUUGUUGGAACAGCCACACAGACCAAGUUCCAAUAAAGAACUAGAGAAGUUUGCAGAGCCAAGUGAUGAAGUUGCUAAAGUGACCUUGUUGGAACAGCCACAGAGACCAAGUUCCAAUAAAGAACUUGAGAAGUUUGCAGAGCCAAGUGAUGAAGUUGGCAAAAAAGAAGAGCAGUUUGCAGAGGCAAGUGAUGAAGUCACUAAAGUGACCUUGUUGGAACAGCCACACAGACCAAGUUCCAAUAAAGAACUUGAGAAGUUUGCAGAGCCAAGUGAUGAAGUUGGCAAAAAAGAAGAGCAGUUUGAAGAGGCAAGUGAUGAAGUCGCUAAAGUGACCUUGUUGGAACAGCCACACAGACCAAGUUCCAAUAAAGAACUAGAGAAGUUCGCCGAGCCAAGUGAUGAAGUCGGCAAAAAAGAAGAGCAGUUUGAAGAGGCAAGUGAUGAAGUCGCUAAAGUGACCUUGUUGGAACAGCCACAAAGACCAAGUUCCAAUAAAGAACUUGAGAAGUUUGCAGAGCCAAGUGAUGAAGUUGGCAAAAAAGAAGAGCCGUUUGAAGAGCCAACUGAUGAAGUCGCUAAAGUGACCUUGUUGGAACAGCCACACAGACCAAGUGGCAAAAAAGAAGAAGAGCAGUUUGAAAAGCCAAGUGAUGAAGUCCCUAAAGUGACCUUGUUGGAACAGCCACACAGACCAAGCGGCAAAAAAGAAGAAGAGCAAUUUGGAGAUGUGAGCAUCGUAGUCCUAAAUGAUGGCUCGGAGCAACGUGAGCAGAGACAACCAGAGGUCCAUCAGGAGCCAAUUGAUUUAAAUCAACCGUCUAAGUUAAAUUUGGUUGGUUCUAAGACGGAGUUGGCUGUGCAAGCUGCAAUACAAGGAAAGCCAAAAAGAUUAGAUCAAUAUGUGAAACAAACCUCAAAAUCUGUUGGAGAAGAGACCGCUUCCGUUGAUCCUGGAAGUCGCGGAAACAGUGAUGAAUCGGGCAAUCUUGUUGAUGUAUCAGAUAUCCAGGAAGCCGAAGAUGCUGAUUGGACCAAGGUAGAAGAUUUGUUUACAACUGGAGAGAGAGGUGAUGUGGAACUAGUAAGCUGCAGCACAAAGGGUUUUGUUGUUUCUUUUGGCACCUUGGUAGGAUUUCUGCCAUACCGUAAUCUACUUCCCAGGUGGAAGUUCAUAGCUUUUGAGUCAUGGCUAAGGCAGAAGGGCCUGGAUCCAUCAAUGUACAAGCAGAGUUUGGUCACUACGACAAAUUAUGAUGCCGAUUCUCCUUCACUUAAGGAGAAUGAUGGUAACUUGGAAGAUAAAAUUUCACCAGAUAUGAAAUUCGAAGAUCUGUUAAGGAUUUAUGACCAAGAGAAAAACAAGUUCUUAUCAUCAUUUAUUGGACAGCAAAUCAAAGCAUAUGUGUCAUUGGGCGACAGAAAAUUAAAAAAGCUCGUAUUUUCACUAAGACAAAAAGAGAAGCAAGAAGUAACAGAGAAGAAGAGAAAUCUCAUGGCUAGACUUCAAGUUGGUGAUAUAGUAAAAUGCCGCAUCCAGACGAUAACUUAUUUUGGAAUUUUUGUUGAGGUUGAAGAAGGAGUUUCUGCACUGAUCCAUCUGUCACAAAUAUCAUGGGAUGCCAAGUUCGACCCAUCUAAUUAUUUUAAGAUUGAUCAGAUUGUAGAGGCAAAAGUUCACCAAAUAAACCCUGCUCGUGGGCGCAUAUUUUUAUCUUUAAAGGAGGUGAAGCCUGAUCCAUUGAUGGAAUCAUUAGAGUCUGUAGUUGGGGGUCGUGAAACCUUUGAUGGAAGAUUGGAAGCAGCUCAAACUGAUGAAGAGUGGUCUGAAGUCGAAUCUCUUAUAAAAGAAUUGCAAAAAAUCGAGGGCAUCCAGUCUGUUUCAAAAGGCCCUUUUUUCAGGAGCCCUGGUUUAGCUCCCACAUUUCAGGUUUAUAUGGCAUCCAUCUUUGAGAAUCAGUACAAGUUGCUUGCCCGAUCAGGAAACAAAGUACAAGAGGUUAUGGUUCAAACUUCUUUAGAUAAAGAAAGGAUGAAAACAGCUAUUAUGACAUGUGCAAAUAGAGUAGAAUAGUUGUGACCUGUGUUUCUAAUGAUGCCAUUGCCUAUUUUUGGUGAUUAUACAUUCUUUUGGCGAGUGCUGGCUGCAUACAUAGGAGCAUUUCAAGGUUCGUGGUGAGGAUCAAAGUUUUCUUUCCCAAAGAAAAUUAAAGCUUCAAUCCGUGCUCCCGGAGUAAAAUGAUAGCGUAUAUUACUGUUCAUUUUUGUGCACGGCGACCAUUUGAGAAAUUAUUUAAUCUUCGUGGUCGGGUAUAUGUAUAUUACACACAUAGAUGUAAUUCUUGGACAACUACUGCAUGUAGUAUAUCUCUUUGGUAAUUUGCAUAUAUAUCAAAUUAAGACUGGAAUUGUGCAGAGCCUAGGCUUGGCUAAGUUGAAACUCAAGAUGAAAAUGAGUUGCUUGAA